UUAGCCUGGGCUGGACACCUUGUUAUGCGCACCAGUACAUUAGCCAUAUUAUCCAGCUCCGCCCUGGAUUCUAGAUGUCUGGCAAGUCGGCGCGACGUGGCCCAGAUGGGCUGGCACGAUUUUAUUGAAACGCCUCAGUUCGCGUAUUAGCAUGAGCGAACAACAGUCAGUUCUGGUAGCGACACGUGUCACUGAUUUUCUGGUCGACAACAUCGUACGGCAACAGCAACAGCAUCUGGUCUCCAGAAGACAACUACAGCACUGCGAGUCUGCUGCAAGCGAGGAUGAACAGCACCCGCGAACUGCGGACAGCAGCCUUACUCCGUUUAUUGAAACAUCAUAUACGCCUCGGCCGUUCUACCAUUCAGUUCCGCCUCUCCCUUCUCCCCCUCCUCCUCCUCUACUGUCUCGGUGUUGCCAGCAGCAGCAGCAGCGGCAGCGGCAGCGGCAGCGGCAGCACUGGGAAAAGCGACGAUAGCACGUUGUUUCUGGGUCGGGUGUCCCAAUUCGAGAAUGAGCUCACCGAUCAGCUGCACCAGAGCAACACGACUGAACCGAUCAGACCACCGCAACCCAAGUCAACGAAUUCAACGGAGUCGACUGAAUCAACGAGAUUAACGAAGUCAGCAGAACGGAGCAGCUCAAAACCAAAAGCCAGCUCGAAGGCAAAAGUCAAGCCAAUUAUUAUGAGCAAAACCGGCGUUGAGCUUAAUAACCCAAACCUCCCAAUUCCCGCCACUCCAGAAGGUUCCCCGCUCCUCCCUCCCUUCCCGGACUCCAUACUCGAUACAACCACCCUCGAUACAAGCAUAACCCGCAGCCAACUAGCCAACGCGUAUCUAGAAUACUUCAAGUUCCACAUCCCCCAGAAAGAGGUCCGGCUACAGUGCGCUGGUGCAAGCUGUCCGAACCUCGCGCCCUGUGGCCCGGCGUUCCCGAACCUGCAAGCCUGCCACCGAACUGACGUGGUGGCGCCGAUCCACAUCGACCCCGGACCUCCGGAGAACUGUCCGAAGCUGGAGCAUGAGGAGGAGAUGGGUGGGAAGGGGGCGGAUUUGGCGUGUUCGCAUGCGGGGGACUAUGUGCGGCAUGACCGGACGCUGUUCCAGUAUUUUGAGAUGCGGGAUGUGCUGAUGGACUGGAACGGCGUUGUGUUCAACCGCUCCAUGCACUUCUUCCGCCAUGGCUGCUUCUCCGAUGCCGAUUUCGCCUACCCCAGCGGCAACACCACGGUGCAGCGGGUGGGGCGCAUGGUGAGCAUGGUGUACACGCCUGCCACCAGCUUCUACCACUCCAUCAUCGAGUGGGUGCCUCAGUGGCUCGUGCUGAGGGAGCUGCUGGAGGAACACCCGAACAUGCUCAUAGCCAUGCGCGCUGCUCAGCUGCAAUUGUACAACAGCACACUGAAACACAUCGUGGGAGUGGAGCCAGCAAGCAUGAAUCUGCUGGUUUUGGACUGGCAGCACCGCAGCACCCUCUUUCACGCACAGGCACUCUACCAGCCUGUAUACCGCUGCUGCGGCCGUGCCACACCCACUAUGUGGCGCUUCCUCCGCCGAAACUUUUUCCUUCCGCCCGACGGGCUGCCCUUCUUCGAGCCCGAAACUUUCCGCCUGCGCCGAACCUCCCCUCUAAGCUACCAAGACGUAACAGACUUACUUAGCCAGCGCGAGGAGCAGCAGUCGCACCAGAAUCGCCGGCUGGAUGUGCUAAAACCUGCACCUGUGCCGAGCCUAGCGGAGACGUUCGGGAUGACGACGGGGCUGAACUGGGUGACGAUCCUGGUUCGGAGGCCUGGGAAUCUUUCGCGGAAUCUGGAAGAGAGUGUGUAUGAGAGAGUGGAGGGGCGGAUGAGGCUGGAGUUUGGGGAGAGGAGGGUAGUGGUGUUCGAUGGGAGUCUGCCACUCAUGGAAGCCCGUGCUCUCUUCCGUCGAGCCGCCCUAUUGGUCGGCACGCACGGAGCCGCCCUGACCAACCUCCUCUUCAUGCCACGUGGCGCUUUCCUAUUGGAGAUCCGCCCGCGGGGUUACCCCAACGCGUGUUACCACCACCUAGCCAGCGUGUCGCAGAUGCACUACUGGCUGCUGCUGGGGAAUGGGACAAAAGACUCCGCCCUGGCGGUGGACCCGGGGGAGGUGCUAUCUACGAUAAGGGAAGUUGCCGGGAGGGUGUUUGCUUCUGUUAAGGGGGAGGGGAAAGAAGCGGGAGAGAGGUUGGGGGAGAGAUUGAAAAGGGAAGAGGAGGAGAAAGAAAAGAGGGAGAAAGAAAAGAGAGAGAAAGAAAGGAGAGAGAAAGAGAAGAAGAGUGCCGAGGCGAAGAGAAAGAAGGGAGUUGGUAGUGGUGGUGCUGGUGGUGCUGUCAGGGCAUCUCCUACCACUGUAGCCAGUACUGCUACCGCUGGCGCUACGGCAUCCCCUGCUACAGCUGCUGCUACAACUGCUGCAAGUGCUGCAAGUGCUGCACCAGCUACCACCGACGCUGCUCUCACUACCCAGCCCGACAUUUCAGAUUCCUCUAGCCCCUUUCCCACUUCACCCCUCCCCUCCAUAUCUACCUCGUCCGAGUCCGACCCCAUUCCCCCCCUCAUUUCUACCACCACUCCAUCCUCGCCCACCUCUCUCCCCAUCCCGCCCCUCCCGCCUCCCACCUUCCCUAUCCCCCUCGCCUCGUCCCCCUCCUUCCCCUCCGGUUGCGCCUGUUACCGCCUGCGUAACGCCUUCUGCUGCACGCAGGCCGUGUGCGUGUGCCGCAAUGUCUGCUACAACGGGUCGGCAUUGCUCGGCAGAUUCGGGCCCGAUACCGUGGAUCCCGAGGUUGGGGACAAUGGGUCUUCUUCUUCCCUCUCCGCCUCCCCUUUGCCCUUCCCCUUCCCCCCGCGCUCCCCCCACCCCUGUCUCCCCCCCGUCCACGCCCCCCCCACGGCCAACAAGACCGCCCUGCUCUUCCCCACUUCCUGCUCCAACCUGCCACAGUUUGGCCGCAUGCUGAGGUCAGCCUUGUCAGAGGCGCCUGUGAAAGGGGGGCUGCAGGGUGCAGGGGAUGGCAGGUGGCAGCGGUGGGUUGAGGGAGGGGCAGAGUGGCGAAUGGGAGGCACACUGUUUGUGCCACUCACGCAUCAGACGACCAACGUGGCGCACUUUCUAGGAAAGGCGGCUCACAUCCUGCUGGUGAACAACGUCACGUCCAAUACGGGCCUGCCACGUGUCGACAGGUUCCUGCUGCCUCGCGCUGAUUGGACCGUGCACAGAAUGAAGGAGCAUGGCCCACACGGCUGGCUGCCCUCCAUGCUGCACCUGCUCCUCCGCAUGGCACUCGAGCCCCUCCUGCCCUCCUCCCUCCUGCCCGCCCUCCUCGCCUCCAUCUCGCCCUCCGCCCUCCUCGGCCCCGGCCCUUUCGCCGGUGGGCGGGUGGAGUUUGAGGCGCAGCUGAACGCAGCGAGUGACAGCAGGCCCAUGUGCUUCGACACACUCGUCAUUCCUGGCUUCCUCAAGGCCAUCACGUUCAACGGCAUGGCUGCAGAAGCGGAGAUGGUGAGGCAACAACUGAGGGAGGUGUUUCUCACGCCUGAUGGCCGACCAGUGGCGGACAUCAUGGCAGGGAGCAGCGCUGGCAGCAGCAGCAGUGGUGACAGCGGCAGUAGCAGCGCCUUAACCAGCAGCAGCAGCAGCAGCAGCAGCAGCAGCAGCAGCGAUCGGCAUUAUCCUGAUGACGGGUCGCCGGUUCGUCUGCUGUACGUGACUCGCAACGACACCAUGACCACCGGGAGGCGGGUCAUGCAUGCCGACAGCCACAAGGCACUACAGGAGCUGUUUGGGCGGCUCAACUUCCAGUUGACAAUGACAGAAUACGCCGUCCUCCCAUUCUCUCAGCAGCUAGCCCUCACUGAUUCAGCUGAGAUAAUCGUGGCUCUGCACGGCGCAGGGCUCACCAACCCCACCUGUUUCGCCCGCACCGACGCGAUCGUCCUCGAGAUCUCCCCCUUCGGAGUGUUCUACGAUCUUUAUUACUACACUGCUAUAAACGCGGGGAUAAACUAUAUGCAGUAUCAGUGCACUGCAGGGCCUCCGCCUGCGCCUGCUAACGAUUCGCUCUAUGCGGGGAUGAGUCCGAUGGAGUGCGAUAGGGAUGCGGCUUGUAAGAAGUAUCGGACGCACACCCGCAAGGUACAUUUGGCCGAUAAAGACGUGGAAGGAAUAAGGAAACUGCUGGAACUUGCCAAGGAGUUUGUGACUGAUGUCAGGCGAUAUGGGAGGGAGGAGGCCGGAAAGCGGUUGCAGCAGUCAUAUGGGGAUCGGUGUGUGGAGAAGAAGUUGAGAAAGGAAUGUAGGAUGAGCUUUUUGCGAUCUCCUCUAGCUGAACCGGAUUAUGAGUGUGUGCUGUCACUUGAUUGCCCUUAUAUUCAGCCUACAUGAUGUUUUGCUGUGUAAUUAUCUUAGACCUUACUGGUAUAUGGGGUGUGUCAAACAUACCGUAAUCCCCCGUAUAUAACACCCGCCGAAAUAGUCACUCCGCGGGUGGUUUAUGCGGGGGAGAGCUUAUGAUAGGGUGAAUUUAGGAGAGCACCCGCUUUUCGGGGGUUGCAUUUUACAUAACACCCUCCUCGUUUUAUGCAGCAAAGAACAGUAUU